AUGGAAAAUCAACAACAGACGACGACAUUGUGCCGCGCGGGCUGUGGUUUCUUCGGUUCACCUUCAACCGAAGGGUUGUGUUCGAAAUGUUACAAGGAUUAUGUAAAACGUAAACAGGAUACUACCGCUCGCGUAAGUCCACCAUUACCAGCUGUAGUUAGCUCGGCUGCUAAUACAACCACAGCUACAUCAAGUACUGCUAGCAAUGCAACGUGUAACGCCGAUAAUACCGCUGCCACUUCGUCGACGGUAAUUAUUGCCGAAAAGCUUAGGGAGGUUUCCUGUUCACAGGCUGCGAAAUCCUCCGAAGAUAUGACUGCUCAAUUAGAAUCAGUAGCAGCGGCUGUAGAAGCAGCGGGUGGUAUCACGGCAUCAUCGUCGGGUACUUGCUCUGGUGUCCUUUCUACAUCUAGUGACGAGAAAGUUCUUGGAGAUGUGAAUAAACUUGUUACGCAAGACGUAAAGAGUGCGAAGAUUCGCGAAUUUGGUAACAGGGUACUGGACCUCGGUAUAUUUAAGUUGUUGGAAGUUGCCGAAGUUGUUAAAAUAGCGGACGCGAAUAAGAUUUUAAUAAUUAGAAAAAGUGGUAAAGCUUUGAUACAGCUUGAAAGAACUUACUCUGUGGCCAGCCUUGAUGCGGCUGCCACUCCCGAUUCGAUAACUUUGACUAACGAAGGUCAGCCGGUUCCAAAAAAAGCCAAUCGUUGUCAUGUUUGCAAGAAGCGUGUCGGCCUUACUGGUUUCGUCUGCCGUUGUGGUGGCUUAUACUGUGGUGAACAUCGUUAUGAUACGGCGCAUGGUUGUUCCUUUGAUUACAAAACAAUGGAGAGAGAAGAAAUUCGUAAAAAUAAUCCGGUGAUUGUCUCGGAAAAGAUCCAGCGGAUUUAG